CGCAACAGGCCAUCGUCCUCAACAACAUCCUCGGCCAGCUCCACGCCAGCAGCGGCAAGAGCCUGGACUGGACGGCCAUCUCCGAGGCCCUCCCCGGCCGCACAAUGGCCUCGAUGCGCGCCGUCUGGGACCGCUACAGAAACGACAUGAAGACCGCCGCCGCCGGCGAAGGCGAGUUUGUCGCUGUGCCCAACAAACAGAAGACUCCUCGCAAGAAAAGCACCCCCAAGACCGCAGUCGCCGUGGCUUCGGAGGACGCUGACGCCGAGGACGUUCCCGAGACGCCUGCCGAGAAGCGCGGCGGCGGAGCCAAGAAGCGCGCUUCCGGCGCCGACGGCGAGGAGGGCUCAGCCACCAAGAAGAAGCGCACUCCCAAGAAAACCCCCGCCAAGAAGACGCCUGCCAAGGUUGAGGAGGAGGAGGAAGCCUCGGAGGAGGCCGAACCUCCCACCCGCACUACUGCUGAUGUCGAAGACGCCAAGAAUAGCGACGAGGACAUGAAGGAAACGGCCGAGGCCGAGGUCUAG